AUGGCCCCCUCACUCGUCACCAUCGACUCCUCUGAACCUCUCGAGAAGAUUGUCAAGAUCAUUGAAAGAGAUGGCGGGGUUAUCGUUUCCAACUUUCUAUCCCCGGAGCUCUUGAAAGAAUGCAUGGAUGCGAUCGAGCCAUUCUUCCAAGGCCGCAAGACCUACGAUUCUAAGGCUACUCACGAGGAACUCGGUCCAGACUUCUUCCCAGAGGGAUCCCAGCGUGUCUAUGCCCUCCUAGCCAAGAUCCCAGACCAACUCACCAAAAUCGUACGCCUCCCCGUUUGGCAAGGCAUCAUGGCGCAGUUCUUGAAUGAUGAGUUUUCCUCCUACACAGGAGAUAGGCUUGUCCCCCAGAAGAGCGGAUAUAUGCUCGCUUCCACCGCAGCUCUUCGCCUGGUCCCAGGAGCUAAGCCGCAGCCCCUACACAGAGACCAAAUUGCCUACCAGACGCGACCAGACCCCAACAACCCCUUCUUUACUCCAAUGAUCGGUUGCCUGAUUGCAGGAUCCAAGAGCACCUACAAGAACGGGGCCACCGCGGUAAUCAGCGGUAGCCACCUCUGGGGCCCCGAGCGCAUUCCCAAGGUCGAAGAAUGCACAUACGCAGAGAUGGAACCGGGCUCUGCACUCUUCACCCUCGGCUGUAAGUCUCCAACGCAAUUCAACCUACUCUUGGGUUCUGAUUUAAUUUAUGACUUGACGUACCGUGACUCACCGUUCCUCUACCUAGCAACCUAUCACGGCGCCGGUGAAAACAAAUGCGACAAGACCGACCCGUUGGCUCUCCGCACGCUCUUUGCCGUCUUUGGCCAACGAGACUACUUCCGCCAAGACCAGGAGGAAGUCCUCUCGACGCCCAUUGAGAUCGCGCGUCGACUGCCCGAGGAUAUUCUCAAAAUCGCUGGUUACUUAGAAACAACUAACCCAUACACUGGAAUACCAGAUAAAGCCGUUGGCGGAGUUGGUUACGUAGAAGAUCACCAGAGCCCGCAUGAGUUCUUGCAUAGGGACGAUCUUGGGACGGGCAAGUUUGGGGUUGCCAAUUUGGCUGUUUGA